AUGAGAAAUAAUAUUUUCCAUAAGCUUAUGCUUCUUAUUUUGUUGCUAUGGUUAAAGGCGACAGCCAUCAUUCUGGUGGCAGCAACAAAAGGAGCAGCUCCUCAGUGCAUCGACAAGGAGAGGAAUGCUCUUCUAGAUUUCAAAUCAUACAUUGAUCAAGACCCGUACGACCUUCUGUCUACAUGGGCAGUUGAUGAAGAAACAACCAAGGAUUGUUGUAAAUGGGGUGGAGUCACUUGCAACAGCCGAACAGGGCACGUCACUAGCCUUGACUUGAGCUCUGGAGAUCUUGAAGGUAAAAUUAGCCCUUCAUUGUUUAACUUAAGCUACUUGAGUCAUUUAGACCUUCAGGGGAAUUCAUUUAAUGGAACCACUCCCAUGUUAAAUGGCUCUAUGACGAAAUUAAGGUAUCUUGACCUCUCCAUAAAUUCAUUUAGUGGAGUCAUUCCCAUGUUCAUUGGUUCCAUGUCUAGGUUAAGAUAUCUUGACCUGUCCACAAAUUUCUUUAAUGGAUCCAUUCCUGUGUUCAUUGGUUCCAUGACUCGGUUAAGGUAUCUUGACCUUUCAUACAAUUCUUUUUCUGGAUCCAUUCCUCCAGAUCUUGGAAGCCUCAAGAACUUGCACUUUUUAUCACUUAAUUCCCUUAGCAAUUGUACAAUUGAAAACAUAGACUGGUUGUUUCAUCAUUCUCAUUUGCACCACCUUGAAUUGGAUGGUAUUUCCCUAGCCAAGGCAAACCACUGGGUAAAUGUGAUUCUAAGUCUUCAAAGACUAUCAUAUUUAAGUUUAGGGGGAUGUGACCUAUGGCAGGUCAUGCAUCCGUAUUCUCCGUCUGUCAGCUAUACUUCUUCAUCUAUCAUUAGCCUAUAUCUUGGAAACAACAGUCUCAAUUCAUCCACAUAUCAUUGGUUGUUCCCACUGACUAGCAAUAGGCUUGUAGAUCUUGAUCUAUCUGGCAACAAGUUGGGUGUGAUUCCCAAAUAUUUUGGAAAUUUUUGUAAUUUGACAAUUUUAUCAUUUGAUAACAACUCAAUGUCGGUAAAUCUCCCUGAUUUCCUUAAUAACUUGUCUGGAUGCACAUCGGUUACAUUACAAGAGUUGGAUGCUUCGAGUGGCAAAUUCACGGGGUCGUUGUCAGAUAAUAUCCAAAAGUUUUCAUCCCUAGAAUAUUUGUCCAUUUCUCAUAACCAGUUAAAUGGCAGUAUAAGUGAAAAGGUGUGGCAACUACCCAAGCUUGAAACUCUUGAUGUUUCUUCCAAUUCUCUUAGUGGUGCCAUCUCUAAAAGCAUUGGAACAUCAAAUAUUGUAAAUGUAAACCUUUCAAACAACUCACUCAAAGGAGUUCCUUCUGAAGCUUACAUGUCAAACCUUUCUAGUGUAGAACAAAUUGACUUGAGCUCUUGCAUGUUAGGGCCUAGUUUCCCUAAAUGGAUUCAAAAACUGAAAAGUCUUAAUUAUCUUGAUAUUGCCAAUACCAACAUUUCUGACACAAUUCCUGUGGAAUUUUGGACCUUGUGGCCUUCUCAAUUGACACAUUUGAAUCUCUCUUCCAACAACAUUACUGGGGAAGUAACAAAUCUAUCAUCAAAUUUCAACCCUAAUGUUAUGUCAAGAAUAGAUUUAAGUUCCAACAACUUUUAUGGUUCUAUACCAUAUGUCCCGUCCACUUUAGAAUGGUUAGACCUUUCCAGAAACAAAUUGAGUGGAGGAAUUUUCUUUUUGUGUGAGGUUGUUGAUGGACAUCUAUCAUUUCUUGAUCUCUCGGACAAUUCACUGGCCGGACAAAUUCCAGAUUGUUUGUGGAAUUUCAAAGCACUAAAAGUUCUUAAUCUGGGACAAAAUAAGUUGUCUGGAAGGCUUCCUGCUUCUAUUGGGUAUUUGACCAAUCUUGAGGUUUUGUAUUUAUACAACAACAACUUCUUUGGAGAACUGCCCCCGUCUUUAAAUAAUUGCACUAAGUUGUUCUUUUUGCAAUUACAAGGCAACAAGUUUUCUGGUCACAUGCCUGUUUGGAUUGGGGAAAACUUAUCGGAGUUGUAUGCUCUUAACCUAGCAUCAAAUAACUUCUUUGGAACCAUCCCUCUACAAUUAUGUCAAUUAGCACAUCUUCGAAUUUUGGACUUGUCAAAAAACAAUCUUUAUGGAACCAUCCCCUUAUGUCUUAAUAAUCUCACGGCAAUGGUUCAAGAAGGAUUGCCACCUCAUGAAAAUGUGCAGCGUUUUAUCCAUGAGCAUAUGUAUGUUGACCAUGCUUUCAUCAAGUGGAAAGGAUAUCUACGUGAAUUCAACAACAACCUGAGAUUGCUAAAGUACAUUGAUUUGUCAUGCAACAAUUUAACAGGAAAAAUCCCAUAUGGGCUAACCGAUCUCCAUGAAUUGAUUGCACUGAACCUUUCAACAAACACUUUACUUGGAGAGAUUCCACCAAAAAUUGGCGAAAUGAGAAACCUUCAAAUUUUGGAUUUAUCUAGAAAUAAGUUUUCAGGAGGAAUUCCACCAAGCAUGUCUCAUAUGACUUCAUUAGAUUACAUGGAUGUGUCAUAUAACAAUUUGUCGGGUAGAAUUCCAUCUGGAACUCAACUCCAGACCUUUGAACCUACAAGGUACACCGGAAAUACAGGACUUUGUGGACCUCCCCUAACUAAAUAUUGCCCCGGAGAUAAAGAGUUGGAGGUGGCACCCCUUGUUUAUGGAAGUGAAGGCGAAGGUGAAGAUGAUAUUCAGAUAUGGUUUUAUAUUGGUGGGGGUACUGGCUUUGCAACUGGAUUUUGGAUUGCAUGUGUUGCUCUACUUGUCAAUCCGCGUGGGAGGAAAGCUUUUUUUCACUUUCUUGAUAUCUCAAAGGACUGGGUAUGUGUAAAGCUGAUGAUGCUAAUUGCAAAAUGA